UUCCGUCGUAGCACCUCCGCCAAAUCGAAGAGUGGGGGGAACUACUAGCACAACUUCCGGGGAGCAGGCAGAUGCAGGGACAGCGCCACCGUGGUCAACAUCCUCGCAACCGCAAGCACAGGAGCUGCACCAGGGGAAUGCUGAAGCUGCUGCAGCCCCGCGCAUAG